ACGCUUACGAGAUUUGCUCAGGCAUUGCUAUUUGUUUUCAUUUUAUAUCAGGCGCCAAUUAAUAAGUGAAGUUUUAUUAAAACACAUUUUAAAACUUGUGCAUAUUUGACGUAAAUUGUAAACAAACUGCUAAUUACCUAUUACCUGGCCAGAUUGCCUGUCGGCGCCAAAAACAAUAAUGUCAUCUUCCAAGCGGAAAUCCGUGCCAGGACAACAGAAACUAACCACGCCAGAGAAGCGUCGUCGCAGUGGUCAGACUGAUGGUACAACGGCAACGAGUGCAGCUACAGGCAGAACGUAUGCUGCGGCAGCGGCGGGUCCUGACAAUGAACCGGAAGCGGCAGAGCAUCACGCAUUGGAUGAUGCUAAUAUAUCGGACGACGACGAAGGCGGAACGCGAAUUGGCGAUAUUUAUAUACCCCCACCUAUACCACCCCAUUGUUCAACUGAAAGUAAAGGGCCCCGUUUGAUUAUCAAAAAAAUUGAAAACAAAAAUUUCAAAAGCUACGCUGGUACAGUAGUACUGGGCCCUUUCCAUCAUUGUUUUACGGCUAUUAUUGGACCAAACGGUAGUGGCAAGAGCAAUGUCAUCGAUUCCAUGUUGUUUGUGUUUGGCUAUCGAGCCAAUAAAAUUCGUUGCAAAAAAAUAUCGACAUUGCUGCAUAAUUCCGCUAGAUAUCCCAAUAUGUCAAUGUGUUCGGUGGCGGUGCAUUUCCGGCAAAUAUUGGAUAAGGAAGAUGGCACGUGCGAGGAAAUCCCAGACAGUGAUAUUGUAGUUGAACGCACAGCAUUUCGCGAUAAUUCCUCUUAUUAUACGAUUAAUGGACGGCGGGUACAGUUUAGAGAAGUAGCAAAACUGUUGAAGAAGCACAACGUCGAUUUGGAUCACAAUCGUUUUUUGAUAUUGCAGGGAGAAGUGGAGUCGAUUGCGAUGAUGAAGCCGAAGGGACUAUCUGAAAACGAAUGCGGCAUGCUCGAAUAUAUGGAAGAUAUCGUUGGUACAACACGCUAUAAGGAACCGCUUGUCAAAAUAAAUGAGCGUGUGGAGCAUUUAACGGAGGAGCGCACAGAGAAACAUAAUCGCUGUAAGCUGGCCGAACGUGAAAUGAAAGAUUUAGAACAGCCUUAUAAUGAAGCAGUCGAUUAUCUGCGGCGCGAGAACGAAAAUACGCGUACUAAAAAUUUGCGCAUACAAAAAUAUCUCAGUGAAAAGAAUAAAAAGCUGGAGGAAUAUAAGAAAGAGCAAGACACAAUAAUGGUAGAGUUGAAAGAGCACGAUGAUGCGGCUGAAAAGCUCAAACAGGAACGGGAAGAAAAGGAGAAACUGAUUCGCGAAGAAAUGGCCCAAUUUGACGCUCUUCGCAAAAAGAAAGAAUCAAUUGAAAAACAAUGGGAAUCGGCGCACAAAAACUUUACGGAAGUACAGCAGACGAUGGAUAUGACUAACAAGCGGCGUAAGCAGCAUAAAACGCAAAUGGAAAAACUUAAGGACGAACUUGUUGAUCUACGUAAAGUACCUAGUAAAAACGAAAAAGAAAUUACAGAAUGCUUAAAAAAGGUGGAGAAAUUAAAUAAGGAUAAAUCUACUAUGGAAGAAGAAUUGCAAAAGAACUAUGUGACGCUAGAGAAAACGACAAAACCAUUGAUUGAGAAGCGUGAAAAGCUUGAAACCGAGUUGGUCGAACUAAAGAAGCACGUUGAUGACGCUAAAGCCGCUUUGGCACUUUCGGAAUCGGAAUUGAAAAUUCUUAAGCACGAUGAAACCACAGAAACACGCAAAUAUGAAUCGUUGAAAACGUCAUAUGAGGAAUCGAAUAAGAGUUUGGAAGAAAAACAAAGUACCAUACAAGAAAUGAAAGAUCGUUUACCUGAAAUACAGAAAGAGAUUGUUGUAAAAACGCAACAAGUGCAGAAAUUACAAAUGGAAGAGCAACAAAAGCGUGGUCAGCUUAUGACGCUCACGGCUGAGAUAAAUGAAAAAACUGUGAGUUUGCAAACCACGCGAUCAAAUAAUAAAGUGUUGGACUUCUUAAUGCGACAAAAGAACGAAGGCAAAAUAGCGGGGAUUUUGGGUAGAUUGGGUGAUUUGGGCGCCAUUGACUCCAAAUAUGAUGUAGCCAUUUCAACUGCCUGCGGACGUUUGGAUGACAUCAUCGUAGAUACAGUCAACACUGCGCAAGAGUGUAUAGAACACCUUAAACGCUUUGACAUUGGACGAGCCACAUUUAUUGCGCUAGAGAAAGUAAAACAUUUAGAAAAACAAUCGGGACCCAUACAAACUCCCGAAAACGCACCGCGACUAUACGAUUUAGUACGCGUCGAGGAUGAACGCAUACUCCCCGCCUUUUAUUUUGCGCUUCGCAAUACGCUCGUUGCUACUGACCUUGAACAAGGCUCACGCAUUGCUUACGGUGCCCGACGUUAUCGAGUUGUAACGCUGAGUGGUGAUGUUAUUGAAACAUCUGGUACCAUGUCAGGCGGUGGUCGUACGCAAAUUCGCGGCAAAAUGGGCACCAAAGUACAAACAAAGACCAAGCAAACAGCCGACUCGUCCAUGGUGUCCCAGAAAGCUUUGGAAGAAAUGCAAGUACAGGCCGAGCAAUUGCAAUCGCAAAUAAAUUAUAGCCAAGAGGAACAGGGACGUUUGGAACGCGAAAUACAUCAGCUCAGUAUAAGCAGGCAAGAAAAUGAGUCGGGAAUACAAAAACUGGGUAUCACCAUCAAGAGUUUGGAGGAGCAAUUGCCGCGCAUUUUUAAGCAAUUAGAGGCACAGAAGAAGCGCAUGCAACAAACAACCACCGAUGCAGCAAAGGUGAAAAAUAUGGAGGCUGAGAUUGCAAAGAAACAAAAAAAUCUGAGCUGCUCCGAGGACGAGGCAGACAAAGUAGCUAAGAAAAUUGCCGAAGUUAAAAAAGAGAUUGAUAGUAUACAUGGCGAUAAAGUGAAGUCGGUACAAACGAAAAUCAACAAUUUGGGCACACAGAUUAAGAAGCUAAACAACAACAUAUCCAAGUUAAAAGUUGAAGUCACAACUUCCGAACGUAAUGUGGCAAAAAUGGAAAAACAAAUCGAACAAUUGAAUGAGGAUAUAUUAAAGGCGCAGGAUGAGUUGGUGGAGAUGAGUAAGAAACGGCAACAUUAUGACGAUGAAACCGCGCGGCUAGUGAAGGAGAUCGAAGAGGCACAAAAGGCCAUAGAAAGUGCUAAGAGUGAAUCGUCGGGAAUGCAAAAGGAAAUCGCAGCAUUGCAAAAGCGUGAAGGCGAGAGCACGCUGAAGCGAGUGGAGAUCGAUCAAAAACUUCAAACCGUUACCGCCAAAAUAUCUGACGUGAAAUCUCAAAUUCCUCACUGGCGUGAUCAACUGAAACCGUUGCGUCUGCACGAGAUUCCUGGUGAUUCCGAACCGCAACCACCGCUCAAAACAUACACCGAAGAGGAACUGGCCGCACACACACUCCAAGACAUCCAAUACAAAGAGAGUGUGCAAGAGGAGUUGCUAAAGAAGAAACCCAACCUCUCGUGCAUCGACGAAUACAUUGAGAAGCGAAAUGUGUAUUUGGAGCGCGUAAAAGUGUUGGAAGAUAUCACCUCCAAACGUAAUGAAAUGCGGCAGCUUUAUGAUGAUCUACGCAAGAAGCGCUACAAUGAGUUUAUGCAGGGUUUUAAAAUUAUCACGCGCAAGCUAAAAGAGAUGUAUCAAAUGAUUACGCAAGGAGGAGAUGCCGAGUUGGAACUGGUCGAUUCAAUGGAUCCCUUCACAGAGGGUGUCAGCUUCAGUGUACGGCCGCCGAAGAAAACAUGGAAGAAUAUAUCGAAUUUGUCUGGUGGUGAAAAGACCCUCUCCUCUUUGGCCCUGGUAUUCGCGCUGCAUUAUUACAAACCGUCGCCUUUGUACUUUAUGGACGAAAUAGAUGCUGCGCUUGAUUUCAAAAAUAUCUCCAUAGUCGCACAUUACAUAAAGGAGCGAACCAAAAAUGCCCAAUUCAUCAUCAUAUCCCUGCGUUCCAAUAUGUUUGAAUUGUCCGAUUAUAUUGUGGGUAUAUAUAAAGUAAAAGAUUGCACAGAUUCUGUGACGAUUAAAAAUGUUCCGCCACCCUUGCCGCUGUCACAAAUGCAAACACAGUUGCCGACGCAACCGACGAAUGAUACAAAUUCGUUGUUUGACCAACUUAAGAAAAAGAUUCCAGCUUCACAGGGUAUACCAUUAACGCCUUUGGAAGAGGACUCAGAGAAUGCGCCUCCUUCACAGGAUCGUGAAACCUUAUUUAUGCCGCUUUCGCAAGGUCGCGAAACAACCUUUGCCCCGCCCUGCGAGAGUACCGUGCUAUCACAAAUGGUACAAGGGGACCUCGCUAACGAGACAGGUCGUUCAACAAUUUCGACUGUAGGCGCUGGUACUCACAGCAGUAUUAAUGAUACAUUCUUUAAGAAACCCCUGCCGCCUGCCCAAAAAGCGACAUCCUGAGUUAUUAAGCGCAGAUGCACUUGGUUUAAGGUUAUUAUUUUUUACGCCUCCUAGCAUGUUAAGGAUCCCAGGCCUUCGAAGAGCGUCAAACGAUGUUUCGUUGGGUCAUUGAAACACCCAUCUGCUUGUAUUAUUGAAACCAAACGUAAUCUCUAACAUUUCUAAUGCAAACUCGACAAAUAAUAUCAGAAGACGGGUGCUUCAAUUUUGUUAACUUUUUUGCUUGCACGACUUAAUAUUAUUUUUUAUAUAUAUCAUCACCGUUGUUAUUGACGCAAAAUUAUUACGAUUGUCCACACUUAUAAAUAUUGAACUGCUUAUAAGAAUUUGUAACCGUGACUUAUCUACGUAUGCAUGUAUUUUGUUCAUUUUGGUUGAAAAGCAAAAAUAAACAAUGUAAUAAAUUUUAUAAGGAAGUGUUGAAACGA